AUGGGCGUCCAACCGAGCCCAGAGAGCAAAACACUCUCCCCCCAAGAUGAAAAGUCUUCUCUCAAGAUAGCUCAUCGUAAAGUCGAUAAGAGACUUCUGCUGUGGUACUCCUUCGUCUACCUCAUCAUGCGCAUUCACGUCAGCAAUAUCAGCAACGCCGCCAUCAUCAACCUUGAACAAGGGACCGGCAUCAAGAAGCAGCUCGGAAACCUCUCCAGUUCAGAAUGGGCGUGGACGUUGAGCAUCUUCUACUACCCGUACAUGUUCUUUGAGCCUCUUGCCACGCUCGCGUUGAAGAGGUUCUCGCCUUCCGUCUGGAUGAGUCGGAUCAUGAUUACUUGGGGAGUUAUCUCGAUGUGUCAAGGCGCAACUCAGAGUUAUGGCGGCAUUCUAGCCUGUCGGUUCUUCUUGGGACUGGCUGAAGCGGGGUUCUAUCCCGGUGUUUUGUACCAUCUGAGCUUUUGGUACCCGACACACCGACUUCCGCUCAGAAUUGGCUUCUUCUACGCCUGCGGCAUGUUUUCCGGAACAAUCAGCGGUCUCCUGGCUUAUGCGAUAUCCUUCAUGAAUGAAAUUGGUGGCCUUGCCGGUUGGAGAUGGCUUUUUAUUCUCGAAGGGAUUCCUGCCAUCUUUUGUGGCGUCUACACAUUUUUCUAUCUGCCCAACUACCCCGAGACUGUCUCAUUCCUCGCAGAUUCUGAAAGAGAGGCUAUCCUCUCUGACCUCCCGGAGCAAGCGCCUACCAUGAUUUCAAAGACAAUCAACUUCCAACAAGUCAAGGAUCUUUUCAGUGACCCGACUUUCAUUCCGUUUUUGAUGAUCUGGAUUACGCACGGCAUUGGCGGAUGGGGCAUCUCCUUCGUCUUGCCGACUGUCAUUUACGAGCUCGGUAUAUCAAACACUGCAAUUUCUCAGGUGAUGACCAUGCCACCUUUUACGCUAGUCUUCGUCAUACUCUUGACGCUGGCCUUUUUCGUUCAUACAAAGCGACUCAGUCCAUGGGUCGCUGGCCUGGGACUAGAAGCCGCCCAAAUCGUCUGUUACGUACUCCUCAUCACAGUCAAACAGCCCAUUGCCAAGUACAUCUUUGUCAUGAUCGCAACCGCGGCAUCUCAGAGCUUCUUCGCCAUAAUAUGGCCAGAGCGCAUCCGAGCCGCAAAGGGAACGACAAGUGCGGGCCUUGCUAUUGGUGUGACCAAUGCGUCUUGUCAGCUUAUGGGCAUUGUUGGUCCCCAGAUAUACCAGUCAAGAUUCGGCCCUACCUACCGGGUGAGCUACGCCUGCUCCAUUGGCCUGCUAUGCGGAACACUUCUGGCGGUUUCAGCUGCGUGGUUCUUUGUGGUGAGGAAAGACUGGAAUGAGACAAACCAAGGAAAUAUCGGAGCAGAAUUGGAUUCAGAGACUGGUAGUCAUACAGGAGCAGCCAUGGCCGAAAGAAAGUCUUGA